UCAGGCCCACAAUCAGGGAUUGGUUUCCUACACGAAGCCCGAGACGGAGAUGAAGUUGAGUAUUGGAAAACGGCCCUAACUUCAUCCUCCAUUUCUCUAUCCCUAACCAAGUUGCAGAUCUAGAAGAUGCUUGAUUCUGCUAGAUCCUCCACCUCUACGUACAUGUACAUGUAACUCUACAGCCUUUUCAGCAAAUAUGUCUCCCCACCCCACACACAAACUACGGUACCCAAUUUCCCAGCUUGGUUGGAUUCUGUCCUCCGAGUAUCAACAGGACUUUAUUUUCUUGGCUCUUUGUAGCUCGGUAGUGCCUUCACCCUCCUGGGGAUCUUUGGCGCGGUGGCCAUACUUGGCCUAAUCAACCCUGCCAUGUUCACUUCCCCCUGGCAAAUCUGGGUGGCCGUGGCUGGCCUGCCCAUGUUGGGCUUUGGCCUGGGCUACCUCCUGGCCUGGGCGCUCCACCUGCACCAUGUCCAGUGCCGCACGGUCAGCCUGGAGACAGGGAUGCAAAACAUGGCGGUGGCCUUCACCCUCAUCCUGCUGACCUUUGCGGACAGCCCGCUCCUCCACGACAUGCUGGUCAUGCCGUCCCUGCUGUUACCCAUCAUGGUGCUGGACUGUCUGCUGAUUGUUGCCUUGUACCGCGCCUGGAUGAAGUGGCGUCCAGGCCCAAGAGAGGAGACUGCCUCGACACUCACUAACAACCAGUUCAGCAUGUCUGACUUCCAACAGCCCAAUGACGACCAGGACAGACAGUAAAGGAAGAAAGCAGGGGGUUUGAAUCAGUGGACCGUAUUUCCAGUGGUCAAUCUUGUUCACUUGCCAUUCAGUCCUCCACUGAAACUCAAUGGGAAAACCACAAGAUCUGCUUUUAAUCAGUUUGACGCAGGAAUUUAUGGCAGAACAGGCUUGACGUGUAGCACAGUGAAGCGGAGGUCACAGGUUCCAAUCUUGCACAGCCUGCAGUGUGUACACCAAUCAGUGUUUUUCUUCAUUAACACAUGCAAAUGCAUGUGUUUAAAUGGCACCAUACAGCCUGAAACGUUUUUGUCAAGUGCAAUACAUACAAUACCAGGAUCUCACUGCAAAUGUUGUCAACUAUAACCAAAUCUACACCCACAGUAUGCAAAUGCUACAAGUUUAUCAACAGCCUCAAACCCUUUUUUACAUGUACAGUAAAUGUACUUGAACUUGCUAUAACAUCUACCUGCAUGUACAUGUAGCACUUCAAAAUUCAAGUUUCCUCAUUCAAAUCCUCAAAGCUUGGUAAUGACGCGUUUAAUCCUAUGGUAUAAGAAAUUUAUUAACAUGUUCUUCAGGCGGAAGAAACAGUUAAGAGUGCACACAGCAUGUACGGUACAUGACACGUGCAUAAAUCACCUGCAUUAUACACCUGUUAGUUACUGCGCUGGUGAAAUACUACAAGGUUGAUAUGUUUGUGUGCUACAUGUAAGUAAUAGGUAGAUUUUUGUGGUUAUUAAUCUUUUGAAAGUCCAGAUAGUGUUGAAGGUUCAAUGGGAACACACAUCUUACAUAUAUACAAGUAAUACAACUUACAAGGCCAAAUGGUCUGUUUCAUUUCAACAA